CAACUCUUCCUUUCCAUCCAUUCAACACAAUUCUCUAGCAGCUCAAACAACUUUCAUGACCCAGGACUCUGUAUUGCUUCUUACCAUCCCCAUGAAAUCCCACAAAUGGCUUGCAUUCACACUGAUGAAGAUUGAAUGCGCGGAGACGAGGUAAGCAUACGAUGGCAACCCCGACAAGUCCCACGAAAAGAUCAUCCUCCCUGUCGUCGCCGGCCGCGGGCCGGCCGCCUCAGGCGGUCAAGUUCUCGAGACGGACGUCCAGCGGCCGCAUCGUCAGCCUGUCCCGAGAUGACGAGCUGGACAUGUCGGGCGAGUUCUCGGGCCAAAACGAUUACAUCAACUACACGGUGCUCAUGCCGCCCACACCGGACAACCAGCCGAUGGGGGAGCCGACGGGGCCGAGCACAUCCUCGGACUCCAAGAAGGAAACUUCGAGGGGUUACAAAUCUACCCGGUUUGGAUCCGACACGCAACGGCCGGGAGACGGGGGCGGAGGCGGGAGCGGCGGGGCGAAAAUGGACCGCAGGUUGUCCCUGAUGAAGUCGAACAACAAGUCUAUGCUCCUGAGGAGCCAGACCGGGGACUUCGACCACACGCGAUGGCUGUUCGAAAGCAAAGGAAAGUAUGGAAUUGGGAAUGCAUAUUGGCAAGAGGACCAGGAGGAUGCUUAUGAUGGCGGGAUGAGCAUGGAGGACUUCAUGGACAAACCUUGGAAGCCUCUCACAAGGAAGAUCAAGGUUCCACCAGGUGUUCUUAGCCCUUACAGGCUACUGAUAAUGAUGCGGAUGGUGGCAUUAGUUCUGUUUCUUUACUGGAGAGUCGCGAACCCAAACCAAGACGCGAUGUGGCUAUGGGGCAUGUCCAUCGUUUGCGAGCUUUGGUUCGCCUUCUCGUGGCUGUUGGACAUAUUGCCGAAGUUCAAUCCCAUAAAUCGAGCGACCGAUCUCGCGGCCCUCGCCGAUAAGUUCGAGAGGCCUUCCCCAUCCAAUCCCCAUGGCCGGUCGGACUUGCCCGGGGUCGACGUGAUGGUGUCGACGGCCGACCCAGAAAAAGAGCCGCCUCUUGUCACCGCCAACACGAUCCUCUCAAUUCUUGCAGUUGAUUACCCCGUUGAGAAGCUUUCGUGCUACAUUUCGGAUGAUGGCGGGGCGAUUCUCACCUUCGAGGCAAUGGCUGAAGCCAUCAACUUCGCUCAGGUAUGGGUGCCCUUUUGCAGAAAGCACAACAUUGAGCCUAGAAAUCCAGAGAGUUACUUUAGUUUAAAAUCCGACCCCACGAAGAACAAGAAGCGGCUCGAUUUCGUAAAAGACCGACGUUGGAUCAAGAGGGAGUAUGAUGAAUUUAAAGUCAGAAUCAAUGGCCUUCCCGAGGUGAUACGAAGACGCUGCGAUUCGUACAAUUUGAGGGAAGAAAAAAAAGAGAAGCAGCUUGCUCGGGAAAAGAAUGGAGGAGUCCUGCCACAGGAACCGAUCAAGGUCACGAAGGCUACGUGGAUGGCCGACGGGACUCAUUGGCCAGGGACAUGGUUCAAUUCAAGUGCCGAUCACGCUAAAGGAGACCAUGCCGGGAUAUUGCAGAUAAUGAGUAAGGUCCCGGAGAACGACCCCGUGAUGGGCCAUCCGGAUGAGAAGAAAUUGGAUUUCUCGGGUAUCGACAUUCGGUUGCCGAUGUUUGCAUAUGUGUCGAGGGAGAAAAGACCCGGGUACGACCACAACAAGAAGGCUGGAGCGAUGAAUGCCUUGGUUAGAGCAUCGGCGAUACUAUCCAACGGACCGUUCAUACUCAAUUUGGAUUGUGACCACUAUAUUUACAACUCGAAAGCUAUAAAGGAGGGCAUGUGUUUCAUGAUGGACCGUGGUGGAGAUCGCAUUUGCUACAUUCAGUUUCCACAGAGAUUUGAAGGGAUCGAUCCAUCAGAUCGAUAUGCCAAUCACAACACCGUCUUCUUUGAUGGUAAUAUGCGAGCGCUCGAUGGUCUCCAAGGGCCGGUAUACGUGGGAACCGGUUGUAUGUUCCGGCGAUUUGCGCUUUACGGGUUUCAACCGCCAAGAGCAAACGAGUAUGACGGUCUCUUUGGACAAAUCAAGACUCCGGCACAGAAUGUUCUGAUGCAAAAUGAGGAUGAGGACUCGGACACGCAACCCCUGACGUCGCACCCGGACUUAAGUUUACCAAAGAAAUUCGGAAAUUCAUCCAUGCUCACUGAAUCGAUCCCCAUUGCGGAGUUUCAGGGGCGACCACUCGCUGAUCAUAUUUCGAUAAAGAAUGGCAGGCCUCCUGGAGCCCUUCUUCUUCCUCGCCCGCCAUUGGAUGCGCCUACAGUUGCUGAGGCAGUGGCUGUCAUCUCCUGCUGGUAUGAAGACAAGACUGAAUGGGGUGACAGGAUAGGAUGGAUUUACGGGUCGGUGACGGAAGACGUGGUCACUGGAUAUCGUAUGCACAACCGCGGGUGGCGGUCCGUGUAUUGCAUCACAAAGCGCGAUGCGUUUCGCGGCUCCGCACCGAUCAACCUCACCGACCGCCUCCACCAGGUGCUCCGAUGGGCAACAGGGUCUGUAGAGAUCUUCUUCUCUCGAAACAAUGCUUUGCUCGGGAGCCGGCGCCUCAAGUUCCUGCAACGCAUUGCGUACCUAAACGUCGGCAUAUACCCGUUCACCUCGGUCUUCCUCUCGGUCUAUUGCUUUCUCCCCGCGCUUUCCCUCUUCUCGGGCCAAUUCAUUGUCCAAAGCCUCAAUAUCGCAUUCCUUACUUACCUGCUCAUCAUCACAGUCACACUCACCCUCAUCUCCCUCCUCGAAGUGAAGUGGUCUGGGGUGGGCCUCGAGGAAUGGUGGCGGAAUGAGCAGUUCUGGGUCAUAGGCGGCACGAGUGCCCACCUUGCCGCCGUCCUCCAGGGCCUGCUCAAGGUAAUAGCCGGCAUCGAGAUCUCCUUCACAUUGACAUCCAAAUCCACCGCCGAGGACGAGGACGACAUCUAUGCCGAUCUCUACGUCAUCAAGUGGACAAGCCUCUUCAUCAUGCCCCUGACCAUAAUGGUGGUCAACAUCGUGGCGGUCGUGAUCGGGUUCUCGAGGACGAUUUACAGCGAGAUCCCGCAGUGGAGCAAGCUCCUAGGAGGGGUGUUCUUCAGCUUCUGGGUGUUGGCUCACAUGUAUCCAUUUGCCAAGGGGCUGAUGGGCAGGAGAGGGCGAGUCCCAACCAUUGUCUAUGUCUGGUCAGGCCUGGUCUCAAUCACAGUCUCUCUGCUCUGGAUCUCAAUCAGCCCUCCUGAUGAUUCAUCUACUACUUCUGGUGGUAAUGUACAAAUCUAGUCACAGCAGAAAGAAAAGAAGAAUCAGAAGCUCGAGUUACUUGUGCAUCACCAGAAAAAAAACGGGCAUUUCUUGGAUGGCGUCCUCUGUGAAUCGCUCAAAACAGCUUGACUCGCGACCGGGGCGAAUCGGGUAUGAGAGGAUAUGCAUGAUUUAUUGUUUAGCAAAAUGUAGGGUUGAACUUUUGUCACUUGGGUGUGUAGAUGAAGUAGUCGAAGUACAUAACAGUAUACGAUAAGGCAUAUCAUCUGUUCUAUAUGGAGAUGCUGAACAGAGCCCAGAAUUCUGAUCACGUUCUCACGUUUUUGGACUUUGAAUUUCAUUACCUCCGGGACCAAAAUUUACAAGGAGGACUUAAACGCAACGUCUUUUGGAUCUAAAUAUGGAAUUUCAUCUUUAUGAUCAAAGUCUA